AUAGGAUCCGUGUGCUGACAGUAAGUGGUUCCACAACUUGAAGCCAUGUCUCCGAAUAAUGUCGAGACCGAGCUAAUCGAGUUGAACCAAAAGCUGCUGAAUGGUAUCGCCGCGGGCAACUACGAGCUGUACGAGUCACUCAUUGACGCCAGUAUUACUUGCUUUGAGCCGGAAGCCGUCGGUCACUUGGUGGAAGGGCACGAGUUCCACAAGUACUAUUUCGACCUUCCCACAUCUAGCAACCCCGUCAAUACAACCAUGGUACGACCGCAUGUGCGGUUACUGGGUGAAGACGCGGCGGUGGUUUGCUACGCCCGUCUGACCCAAACGCUUGAUGAGGACGGUGCCCCCACCACGGCAUUCUGCGAAGAAACACGCGUUUGGCAAAAGGUCGCCGGCCUGUGGAAAAAUGUGCACGUUCAUCGCUCCGUGAACUAAAAGCAAACGUGUGAAAACCAAAUAACUGCAAAUUUUCUAUUUCAGAGGAGCCCAGCUCUGAUCCACGAUACAUAAGUGACAGCACCUGGAAAUUCCGACUCAGAAAGUGCUGUUACCUGAACGAGAAGCAAAUGUACCCUAGCUUGAGUACAUGCUAGAUCUAACGGUGAAAGCGCAAUUUUUCUCGAAGCUGAUGUUUGUAGUUUAUGUGAUUGUCUCUCUAGAGAGCCUACUGCAAACCGUGGACUGACUGGAAUGCAUAGUGGAGACUUGGCAUUACACGCUGGAAUAACAAUCUAGAUCGUCUUGCUGUCGACAGGU